AUGUCUGCCCCAGGGGAUCAAGAUCCAACCGGAGAGACCCGAGAGAACCCAGUAACCCUUGAGGGAGAGUGGGUACAAGAAGCUGCAGGGGGCAGCGAGAUAGGCAAUGAGUCCGGCCUCGAUGGGGCCUCUGCCACACCUGCCAUUGAAGAAAUACUGGCCUUUCAUCCUAGGAGGGUGGACAAUGUUGGGCCCGAAAGAAACCAGGAAGAAGCGGGUGAUAGGAGAGAGAGCUCAGAUGCUGUGGAAGACUCAGAUAUUGAACCUGUUGAGGAGGAGGGAGCAGGGGAGGAGAUGGAAAACAUAAGAGAUCAGGAAAUGGUGGCUGACCAUCGAUUCCCAAUGGCUGGCUUCCGAUUUAUGUUUAUGGAUGUGAUCCAUGCCAUUCUCAACCGUGUCUAUUACAACGACCAUGCCACGAUCAGGCGCCCCCGUGAAAACGCAGGAGUGAUGGGUACACCUGGCCCUUCUGCUUCUGGCCACUCGAGUCAGGUCCAAGUUCCAUCCGGGCCCAUUCCAUCCACAGUGAGGGCCGCAGAGUAUGAGGCCCAUGAGGCCCGGGCCUCAUACUCUCCAGGCCUGGCCUGA